GUGCAGAACAGUCAGAUACGGCAUGGAGAGACUUCUAUCCACUAGUUACUCUCGUCCUGAAAUGUGGAAACCUCGCACAGUGUAGGAGACGGAACGUUUCAGGAGAAGAGACAGUUUCUUCGCUUUCCAUGCCUCCGUUACCAACUUUUGGCGAAAUGACCGCUCCGGAGGACGCAGGUCGGGAGGGGUCUCAAUCAGAAGGUGUCGGACUGAAGGUCUAUCUCUAUCACCCUACGGCCCAUCCGAGCGAAAGCACCUUGAAAUUCUAUUCUGGAGGGUACACAGCUGAAGAACUUUGUAUUUCGGCAGCAAAGGCGAGCGGUAUUCAGCCAGUCUACAGCAGCCUUUUCGCCCUCGCAACUGAAGAUCUGCAAGUGUGGUACCCUCCCAGUCACAUUUUCCAAGUCGAUGGAUCCAAUCCACAAGUUGUCCUAUACCGGAUUAGAUUUUUCUUCCCGAAUUGGUUUGGACAAGGCAGCAAUAAAUCCUAUCGCUAUGGUCUUACAAAGGAACACAUUAACACUGUGUUGGAUUACUCGGUCAUCGACUACCUCUUUGCUCAGUCACGCACUGAUUUUGUCAGUGGCCUCAUUAAGGUGCCGCUGGACCUGCAGAUGCAAGAGGAAUGCCUGGGAAUGGCAGUUUUGGACAUUAUGAGGAUCUCAAAGGAGAAGAAAUGGAAUCUGCAGCAGAUCUGUGACCAUGUCAGCUACAAGUCCUGCAUCCCAGCCACCCUCCGGCAACAGAUUCAGCAGCACAACUUCCUGACAAGGAAGAGAAUCCGCAGGAAGUUCUACAAAUUCCUGGACAAAAUCAGUCACUGCGAGGCCGACCUCAAGUACCUGAAGCUGAAGUAUCUCAUGGAUAUGGAAAGUUUGGAAACUGUGCCCAGCAAGGAGACCUUCCAUGUUAAAGACCCAACGUGGGACCCACAAAGGCAGCAAGUGCACAAGUUCAUCUGUGUCUCAGGAGAACAUGGAAUUCAAUGGGGUUUAAAGCAAGAUGAGUGGCAGCCAUUUUGUGACUUCCCUGAGAUCGUGGACAUCACUCUCAAACAAGCGAGUCGAGAUUAUAUCUUGGAAGAAAGUCGAAUUGUCACAGUUACCAAGCAAGACAACGAGCUUUUGGAAGCAGAGUUUCCCACUCUGAGGGAAGCCCUCUCCUUCGUGGCCCUUAUUGAUGGCUAUUAUCGACUGACAGCUGACCCACAUCACUAUUUCUGCAAAGAGGUGGCUCCACCCAAGCUGUUGGAGCAUAUUGAGGACAACUGCCAUGGACCAAUCACCUCUGACUUUGCCAUAUAUAAGCUGAAGAAGCUUGGAAACAAGACAGGUCUCUAUCUCCUCCGUUGCAGCCCUAAGGAGUUCAACAAGUAUUUCUUGACUGUUUGUGUUGAAACAGAAUUUGGAAAGGACUAUAAGGACUGUCUGAUUAUCAAGGAGAAAAGCUAUUCUCUGGCUGGAGUACAAAGGCAGUUUGAGAGUCUGAGGGAGCUCCUGAAUUAUUAUCACAAGACGGGCCUCAUGUCAGAAGGUAUCAGCAUCCAGCUCACUACCUGCUGUCCACCCAGACCCAAAGAAAAGUCCAACUUGGUUAUUGUCUGCAGUAGUCACACCAGCGACCUCCUCACUUCCCCAACCAUGCACCGAAGGAAUGUCCAUCAGAUGAUGUUCCACAAAGUGAAGAAGGAAGAGCUGGUCUGGGGUGAGAGUCUGGGUCAAGGCUCCUUUACAAAGAUCUUCAAAGGAAUAAGAAAAGGAAACGCGGAUGAUUAUUUUAACCAGAUGGAUGUUUUAUUGAAAGUCCUGGAUCACACGCACAGGAACUACUCUGAGUCAUUCUUUGAAGCUGCAAGCAUCAUGAGUCAAAUUUCCCAUAAGCAUCUAAUCCUGGUUUAUGGAAUCUGUGCAGUCAGCAAUGACAAUAUCAUGGUGCAGGAGUAUAUGAAAUACGGAGCCCUGGACAUGUAUUUGAAAAAGAACAGAAGCAAAAGCUGUGUCAACAUCAGCUGGAAGCUGGAAGUUGCGAAGCAACUUUCUUACGCCAUGAAUUUCCUGGAAGACAGACACAUUGUCCACAGCAACGUCUCUGCAAAGAAUGUCCUGCUGACCCGUGAAGGGGAUGCGGUAGAAGGGAUCCCUCCGUUUAUCAAACUGAGUGACCCCGGAGUCAGCAUCACAAUCCUGCCAAUUGAAGUGCGCAUCGACAGGAUCCCCUGGACAGCUCCUGAGUGUAUCGACAGAACUGACCAUCUGGCUCUAGAAUCAGACAAGUGGAGUUUUGGGACAACUCUCUGGGAGAUAUUCAGUGGAGGAGACAUUCCUCUUUACAACAUGGAGCCAAGACGGAAACUGCAGUUUUAUGAAGAUGGACUCCAGCUUCCUGCUCCCAGGUGGACAGAGCUUGCCAACCUCAUCAACCAGUGCAUGAACUAUGAGCCCUAUCAACGGCCAUCUUUCAGAGCGAUCAUCAGGGAGCUCAACAAACUGAACACGUCAGACUAUGAACGGCUGUGUGACCUGUCACCCACUGACCUCCCCAGUACUGAUGGAUUCUGGCAUUUUGUGGACAUGAGGAAACAGGAUGAUCCCAGUUUCUUUGAAGAGAGGCAUCUUAAAUUCAUCUCAGUCUUGGGCAAGGGAAACUUUGGUAGUGUGGAGCUGUGCCGCUAUGAUCCAUAUGGUGACAACACGGGAGACCUGGUUGCCGUGAAGAAACUACAGCACAGCACAACCGAACACCUUCGCGAUUUUGAGCGGGAGAUUGCGGUGGUCAAGAAUCUCCACAAUAAAUACAUUGUGAAAUACAAAGGGGUUUGCUACAGUGUCGGUCGCAGGAACCUGAGACUGAUCAUGGAAUACCUGCCAUUUGGAAGCCUGAGAGAUUACCUGCAAAGGAAUAAGCCCAGACUGGACCACAAGAAGCUUCUGCUGUACGCUUCCCAGAUAUGCAAGGGAAUGGACUACCUUGGCUCCAAACGUUACGUGCACAGGGACCUGGCGACACGGAACAUUCUGGUAGAAAGCGACACCUGUGUAAAAAUCGGUGACUUUGGGUUGACCAAGGUCCUGCCGGGUGACAAAGAUUAUUACAAGGUCCUGGAGCCUGGAGAGAGUCCGAUCUUUUGGUACGCUGUUGAAUCUCUGACGGACAGCAAGUUUUCCAGAGAGUCAGAUGUGUGGAGCUUUGGUGUUGUUCUUUACGAAUUGUUCACGUAUAGUGAUCGAAGCAGGAGUCCACCGAUGGAAUUUCUACGUAUGAUUGGUUCAGAUAAACAGGGUCAGAUUGUCUUGCAAAUGCUGGAAGUUCUGAAAAGUAAACGAUUGCCCAUCCCUCAGGACUGUCCCAGGGAGAUGUACAACCUGAUGCUGAAUUGCUGGAACAAUCAUCCUGCUCAAAGACCGACAUUUGUGGAGUUGCUGAGGAAAAUCGAAGCAAUGCGAGACUCCCUCCGGUGAUGAGGGUGCCCUCACUGGGAAGUAAUCCACCCUGCCUGAGCAACCUGAGGGAGCAGGGGUCACACAGUGGCACUGAAACCCCAGAACAAGCCGAUUCCUCAGGAAACCCCCAGCCUCGCCUCUCUGUCUCGCUUUCUGAACUGCCUCAGGCCCACGCAUCACCUUCGGAAUGCAGUGGGGAGCUGACUGAAAGCUCCUCACCACAGUUCACUGCAAUAUAAGCACCCACGAUAUAUCGAGCUGCAACAUCAGACUGCAAUUGCCAGAAGGAGGCAGAUGAGGGCUGCCUUUUCUUCUCCUGUGCUUUCCUUGUACACUUCUUACAUUUUCAUAGCCACCGGUUCUCCCUCCGAGUGUGCAGGACUUGGGUGACACCAAAAAAAUGGCGUGCGCGUGUUGAGAGAGGGCGGAAUGCACAGAUUUAACAUAAUUCACAGCUUGCCUUGAAGCUAACAUGCAAAUCUACAUCUUCCCUGGACACAGAAACUGUCAAUGGGCAGAAUGGGCCUUGC